UAGAUCUAUGAGAAGCCUCUCUUAAACGUCCACAUGCCAAGAUGAGCGGCUUCAGAGACGUCCUGAAGGAGGUCGGGGAGUUUGGUUUGUUUCAGAAAACCUUGCUUGUUGCUUUAUGCAUACCCAGCAUUUUCCCGGCUUUCGAUGUCAGCAGUCAGGUGUUUGCGGGGCUGAGAUUCUCUCACUACUGCAACACUGACUGGAUCUUGGAGAGAGGUCCAAACUUGACAAAAGAGAGACAAAGGAACCUCACCAUCCCGGUGGACAAGGAUGGGAGAUUUGAAAAGUGUAGCAUGUUCACCCCCGUGGAUCUGGAUUUGGAAGCUAUUGAAGCAUAUGGCCUCAACAGGACAACAGAAUGCAUCAAUGGCUGGGACUACGAGGUUCAACAAGGAGCCUCGAGCCUUGUCACAGAGUUUGAUCUAGUUUGUGGCAAAAGUGGGUUAAUCGAGGCAUCGCAGUCAAUCUACAUGGCAGGUAUCCUCAUUGGAUGUUUACUGGUUGGGGCUAUUUCUGACAGGUUUGGUAGAAGAUUUGUAAUCCUGCUUUCACUUCUCCUUCUACUGUUGUUUGCUGUGAUUACAGCUUUCUCACCAAACAUCUACGUUUACAUAAUCUUUAAAUUUUUAUGUGGGUCUUCUGGUGGUGUCAUUAUUAUGAACACAUGUGUCAUGGCGGUGGAGUGGACUGAUGUUUCAAAGUCUGCUCUUUGCACAACGUCCAUCAUCAGUUUCUUUUCAAUUGGACAGAUGCUUCUGUCUGGUAUUGCAUAUUUGACGAGAAACUGGAGGAUCUUGCAACUUGUGCUCUUCAGCCCUCUUGUCAUAAUCCUGUUGAUCUUCUACUGGCUUCUCCCAGAAUCAUCUCGAUGGUUGAUGACGCAAAACAGGAAGGAGGAGGCUGAGAAGGCACUCCACCGGGCAGCCAAAGUUAACAAACGAAGAGUACCAGCACAUCUGCUAGAAAAGGUAAAUUUGGAAACUACUCCGGACAGAAAGAACAUGAUGGACAUCUUCCGCAUAUCAUAUUUGAGGAAACGCACUCUAAUAAUGAGCUUUAACUGGUUUGCAGCCAGCUUCCUGUUUUAUGGACUGAGCCUAAAUAUAGGGAGUUUCGGCCUAAAUAUCUACCUCACGCAGCUCAUCUUUGGCACUGUUGAAAUUCCUGCCAAUGUGGCUUGUUUGACUAUGAUUCAACGUUUUGGGAGGAGAAUAUGUCAGGCAGGCUUCCUUUUCCUUGGAGGAGUUUCUUGUUUGGUUGCCACUGCUGUCCCAAGAGCCCUACCUGUGGUUGUGACAGUCAUUGCUAUGAUGGGAAAAUUUUCUGCUACUGCUGCCUUCAGUACAGUCUAUGUCUAUACAGCUGAAUUAUAUCCUACUGAUAUAAGACAUAGCGGUAUGGGUGUAAACUCUAUGUGUGCUCGAGUGGCGGGCAUCCUCUCACCACUGGUCAGGCUCUUGCAAGCCUACCACUACAGCAUUCCCAUGGUUGUUUAUGGCAUCAUCCCGAUGGCUGCUGGUUGUUUCAGCCUGUUGCUCCCUGAAACACUCAAUGUUGAACUUCAAGACUACAUUGAACUGAAAAAAGCGACAAAAGCACCAGAGGGGAGCCAAUGCUGUGAUGAAGGAACAGAUGAGAAACUAUAAAUUUGAAUAUAAACUACAUUGUUGUAACAGAUCUAACUCAAAAAACAUUUUAGGAGGAACUGAUUAAAUAUGUUAAAUGUGGUGUUCUCAUUUUAAUGACUGUUUAUUAUGUCAUAGAAGAGCUGAAUGUUGGUCAUUUGUGAAAUUAUUAAUGGUAAUAGUAAUAAUGAAUAGUGUCUUAUGUGACUGAUGGAAGGCUUGAGAGAAGGAUUACUGCCGAUCAAAGGAAGUUAGAAAGCAUUUUUUAAUCUUCUGCCCACUUGUUUUUCCAAAUGAUCUGUCUUUUGAAACAUGUUACAUGUUCUUAUCGUUAGGGGUUACAGUAAAUCAUUUUCUCACAACUUUCAAUCUGCUUGAAAGAAUGACAACUAUCGGUAGGACAAUGAAGUGUCAUUCCAGAGUUGUUGAUGUUUUGUCAGGUCCAUGAUUUUCUAUAGGGGUUUCUCCAGAUCCGGUGAGGUGAGGGUGGGGGAGUGGAUUCUUUUAAAGCUGUAACUGUUUCUUUACAACAGAAGUUGUUGCCUUCUUCUCAAAUUUAAACUUUUUAAUAUUUUCUUAGAUCGCAAAAAAGUGAACUCUUCUCCUCUGGUAUCAACUGCGUUUCAACACUCGUGUUGAUGUAUUGAUUCUGCUGUUUCUUUUGAUCAGCUGCUGUUUUGGCAAAGAAACACCUUAGUUGCUGUUUCUUAAUGACAAGAAAAUCUUAAUGCUUCCUAGCUAAUUUUCUGCUAAUUGAAACUUUUAUUACAGGCACAGAGAGCUAGACUGAAUGGUAUUAUACAGUUAUUAUUAACAGAUUAAACUAUGGGUGGCAGUGAGGCUUGUUUGUCACUUUAAAAGUUCCUUUUGAAAAUAACCUUUAAUCAUGUAUUAAACAUGCUUUUCAUUAAGCACACAUUUCUGUCUCAGAAAUGUUAACUGGUCUGAUAAUACUCUAAUCAUUUAAGAAACUAAGUCAUGUUUUCAUUAACUACAAGUUGAAAAUUAGCCUUAAACCAGCUUCAAAGGCUUAAAACGUUGGUCUUUGUGUAAUUAGUCACUAAGUGAAUUGAGUUAAAAAACAGAGUAACUUUUGAAAAUUCAAAUGUAUUCAUUAUUACUAUAAUUGUCUAAUUAUUGCAGCUCUGUGCAAUACUGAUGUACUGUAUGGCAGACCAAAACUGCCAUACAGGAAGGGUUGUGAAUGACGUCAAUUUUCUGCGCCAUUUUAGAAUUGGAGUCUAUGGUGGUAGUUUGGCAAUGGCAGCAGACAAAGAGAAGGAACCUAUUCAGUCAGGUGUUCAGUCCAACAUUUCAUUGCUGACAAAGAUGUCGUACUCCUCUAAGGAUUUGGCAAAAGCCUAAUUUUCCAUUUGGCUCCGUUAAUAACAGAGGAGGUGGGUAGGCUGAAUGCUAGAGAAGCACACGAUUUUAUAGCUUGAUUUCAUAGUGUAACUUUUUUUCACAAUCGUGGUGCCGCAUUACAUAUGUCACAGACAAACAUUAGCUAUUGCGUAAAAUCAAAUCCAGUUGUUUAAAACUUCAACGGAGUCCAUGCGGUGUCUGAUUUUUGUUCCUGUUGGAAGAUUUGCUAUUAAUUUACCUAAGCCUUCAUCUCCAAUGUAGAUUCAGCUAUAAAAAAAAUCACCUUGUUAAAAGCAGGUAGGAAAAGAUACCCACCCAGGUAGUGGAAAUUAAAUCAAAUUAUGGUGGUAUAGCAAAAGGAUCAAAUAGUAUUAAUUAUAAUUCAAACCUGAGCCUAUUAAAUUUUCUAUCAUCUCACACUUGCUUUAGUUACGUUCCAGUUGUGAGAUUAAGGGACCCUGGCUGGGACAUUUUGUGACACUUUGUAACAUACUGCUCUGUUGAAAGAUAAUUUUA